GUCCAUAUCUCUAUGUCUAUGAUAUUGACCUAGUUUACAUCGUGCAUUUGAUACACGUAUCAAGUACUAUAUUUGUACCAAAUUCGUACUAAACAUUUAGUACGCACGAUGUAAGCAUUGCCGGAUCAACUUGGUAUGAGCGUAUGAAGUAGGAGUAUCAUACUAAAUUGAUACGCGUAUCAAGUGAUACAAAUGACGAUGUAAACGAAUGAAACGCAUUGUGAAGGGAAUUUAGCAUUAAGCAUAACCUCAAAACCGGUAUUAUCAAACUUUGCUGUGAUCUCUCUUUGAAGCAAUAUUACAUUUAAAAAUGUCUUGUAAAAAAGGAUUAAAUUGGCGAGAAGAAGAAACACGAACAUUUUUAGAAUUGUGCAUAGAGAAGCAAAUUAUUUCAUUAAUGGAUGGGAAAAAACACAAACAUAUUGACAUUUUCCAUUCAUUAGUUGAAGAUAUGGAGAAAAAAGAUUUUUUUAAAACGGCUGAACAGAUGAAAUUAAAAUUAAAAAAUUUAAAACUUGCCUACUAUAAAUGUAAAAGAGAAAAUAGUGUUAGUGGUGCAGCAAAAACAACCUGUCCAUUCUAUGAACAAUUAGAUAUUUUAUAUUGUACUCGACCAAAUGUGCAAGUUCUUCAUGAUGCAUUAGGAAUCGACACUACAAAUAUCCAAAAUGAAUCGUCAUGUGAAUAUACAUAGGAUAGUAUGAAUGAUAGUGAGGUGCCAGAAGAAAGUGAGUCUACUUCAACCAUUAGCAACGAACCUCCUAGAAAGAAGAAACGUGGAUUUGCAGGUAGAAAAAGCUACGAAACUAUUUUAGACAGCUAUACAGAGAAGAUGCUACAAUCACAAAAACAAUGUUUAUCAGAUAUGAUUAUAAAACAGAAUAACAUGCAGAAAGAGAUAAUAAAAGUUGAAAUGGAAAACCAAAGAUUGUGGGAGAAAGAAAUAAUAGAGAAGGAGCAUGCAUUUCAAAGAGAACAGAUGCAAUCUUUUUUACAAGCGAUGCAAGUAAUAGGAUCUCAGGCCCCGCCACCAAAUUGUGGGAUACCACAAAAUUGUUUUAUUCCUCAAAAUUAUAGAAUACCAACAAACUAUCAGCUGCCACAAAAUGUCAAAAUUAUUCUAGUAUGUUUAUGAUGAAAUUAGUCUUAUCUUAAGCGAGAUUUAGUCUACAUUUUCUCUAGCAAUACAUAUGCACUUAUAUAAUAUAACAAUAUAUCUUGGUUUAACAAA